ACUAAGGCCCUCUGACAUAAAUCUUAAUACCUCACUCUGCUAAUUUAUAUUGCGCCGCCUUGCUUAAGACUAGCAACAAGAUUGAACAAUGCUAAUUUUGGAAUGUCCGCUGAAAUGUGUUUUAACAUCUUCUGCAAUUUGAUCCUAUGUAGCUGGUACUGCUAAAUAUAGAUCAGAAAUUGCUUACUAGUUCAGAUGGUGACAAACUUUUCUGUUUUUUACUUUCAUCAUAGAAGUUUAUCUGACCAGUGCUUGCUUUUGUUUUAAUUUGUCUGCCUUACAACCAAAGCAAAAGAAACCAUUCCAAACAAACAAGUUCUAGUUCUGCAAAAGACAGUAGUAUCUGGUAAGCAAACAUCAUUUGCUUCCAUGUCCUAAGUCUUAACUAGAAACUGCAACUUCCCCCGGCCCUUUGUGCAUCCCUGAUCCACAAGGUAUCUCUGGAAAUCCAUAACACAUCUCAUACUUUCAAGUUAUGUUGUGUGUACUGGAUUUGUUGCUGAGACUUAUUUAGAUUUUAGUCGGUAUGCAUUGGAGGGUUGCAGCUCAUUUAAGGAAAACAUGUCAUCAGAUUCAAGGGCUUCAAGUUCUGAUAACAUGGCAGAAACUUCAUCUUCCGAGGCCAAGGCCACAGUGACUGCUGGUGAAGUGAAGCAGUUGCUUGACAGAAGAAUUAAAGCUCUUGAAGAAGAAACAGGAUUCUCAGAACAGGCAGUCCUGGACAGCCUGGAAGAAAGAAAGCAGUUGAUAGAUGAGAUAUACACGCGCUUGCAGUUCAUUCGUUGCUCUCUUUCCCUAGAAGAUCAAGAAACAGAACAACAGUCAAGCCAAGGACCCUUAAUUAACCCCGGCAGCAAGCUUAAACAGAAGGGAAGAACGAGGACCGGUCUAUCACAAAUUCUGGAUCAAGAACUGAACCAGACGCAGCUUAUUGCUAGAGAUGUAAAAGUGAACACCAAGGCAUUCCAUAAUCAUUAUGAACUUUUUCAUGAUUCCUACAGGAAGAUGAUGGCUCAGCAUUGAGAAACAACCCUCUUGGGUGGACCUGAUAGUAUUUAUUUCGCAAGCUAGAUUUGCAUAAAUAUUCUGUCUAGUUCUCUGGCAAAAAUAAUAUCUACAUAGUAUAUUUCACCCUACCAAAAUAUGGUUUCUACCAAGACUCCAAGAUGCCUUCUUUUAAACCAUGUUUCUUGUUUCCGGUGGGAUGUUUGGAUUGGCUUUCUAUAGUGUUCAGUAACAAUCCUAGUAUAAUUUUUGCAAUGAAGAUAAAAUUAAUAAAGUUAAAAAUAAAUAAUAAUAAUCACACUCGCCUGGCGGUUAUCAUCCUUCUCUCGAUAAAAAGAGGUGUCGGUUUGAUUCCCCUUUCUAAUAAUAAAAUGUUGGUGAUAAUUUGGAUCUCCUUUCAAUAAUAAAUAUUGAUAAAAGGGUGUUCGAUGUUUUCUAAAUUUGUAUAAUUAAUUAAAUAAUUAAUCUGAAAGAUUAUUAUAUUUCCUGAUUUUCGAGAAAAAAUAUGUUAUGAUUAAUCAAAAUUUUAAAAAUCUGAUCGGAAAAGAGAUUACGGUGAUUAAACUCAAAAAGACUGCUACCAACAACCAAAUCCCCAGACACCCUCAACUCUGAGGCCUGGAAAACAUGAUGAAAGCUUGUCCCAAACACUCAAUCUUGACCCACCAAGCCCUCAUGCCAUCACUCUCAUUCUCCCCAUCACGACUUAUCCAAUUCCAUUCCAAACCCUUGAAUUGCAGAACCCUAAAUUCAAGCUCCCUCGACAACCCCUCAAAUCCCACAGAAGUAGAAGUGAAACUGAGGCUCCCAAACUCCCACUCCCACCAAACCCUCACAACCCUCCUUUCCCAAUUCCACACCCAAACCCAUCUCCAAGAAAACAUCUUUUUUGAUGGGCUCAACUCAGAACUCACCUCAAGCCUCUCUGUCCUCCGUCUCAGAUUCUACAAUCAAGAUUCCAAAUGUGUUAUCUCUUUGAAAUCUAAGCCCAGAAUCUCUUCUGGGAUUAGUCGGGUUUUCGAGGAUGAAGAGCCUAUUGAUUCUUCCAUUGGAAGGUCGUGUGUGGCUGAGCCUGGGAGGCUGUUGUUGAUUGAUGAAUUGAGGAUUGUGAAGAGGGUCAGGGAGGAAUUUGGGGUUGAGGGGCUGGUUUGUUUGGGUGGGUUUAAGAAUGUGAGAAGGGUUUAUGAUUGGAAUGGGUUGAAAUUGGAGGUUGAUGAAACAAUGUAUGAUUUUGGGACUUGUUAUGAAGUGGAGUGUGAGAGUGUGGAGCCUGAAAAAGCUAAGAAGUUGAUGGAGGAGUUGUUGAGGAGGAAUGGGAUUGAGUAUUGUUAUUCCCAGGUUUCGAAGUUUGCAACUUUUGUUUCAAGAAAGCUUCCCAAGUAGUCUUGUGUAGGUAGGAAGUAUGGUGAUUUAUAGAUAAUGAAUGAAUGUUUGUUGAGAGGAUUUGGUUUAUGAUUAAAUCUUUGAAAGCUUGCAUUUUUCGUGUUUUGUAGUGUUGAAAUUACUGUAAAGUUAUGUGGUUAUGGAUCUGUGUAAUAAAGAAAUGAUGGUUUAAAGGA